AUGUGCCGUUUCGUGAUCUAUAAGGGCACUGAGCCCGUCCAGCUUUCUCAUCUGCUCACUCGUCCAUGCCACUCUAUCAUCAACCAAUCAUUUGACUCGAGAUUACGUCUGGAUCACCGGAGACCCAUCAACGGAGACGGAUUCGGUGUUGGGUGGUACGACCCGGUGUACGAUGAAGAGCUUGGUAGCCAGCCAUGCAUUUUCACUUCCGUGACCCCGGCCUGGAACAACGUCAACCUUCUCCGCUUGGCUGAGAAGACGAAAUCUCCACUGGUCUUUGCGCAUGUACGUGCCACAACGGCGGGAACGCUGAGUCUGGACAACUGCCAUCCAUGGUCUUUUGGGAAGCUCAUGUUUAUGCAUAACGGUGGUAUCGCUGAAUUCCACAGGAUCAAACGAAAGCUACAGAACAGUCUAUCCGACGAGCUUUUCAACAUGGUGACGGGUAACACUGACUCCCAGUGGUCAUUCGCACUACUAUUGUCAAAGCUGCCCGAUCCAAAUGCCAAAGGUUUCACGCCCUCUAUCCUUCAACGCGCCAUGUUAGAGACGAUUGCACACAUCAACGCGUUGCUUGAGGAGGCGAAUAUCACCGAGCCGAGCCUCAUGAAUUUCUGUGUGACCGAUGGAGAAACUGUUGUCGCUACGCGCUAUAUCUCGUCUCGGACAGAUGAAGCGGCUUCCUUGUGGUUCUCAUCGGGCAGCACGUUUAGUGAAUACGCAGAAGGAGGUCACUAUAAAAUGUCGAAGACGGACAAACGGGAGAAUAUCAUUCUCAUCGCUAGCGAACCGCUCACGUUCGAGAAAGCUGACUGGAUGGAAAUCCGAACGAAUCACAUGGUUGUGAUCACUCCCAAGAUGAAUCUGCUCCAAAUUCCCAUUAUCGACAAGUUUUACACGCCUCCCUCGGAUCCGAAGUCGCCCACAAGAGAUUCUGAGUUCGCGGCUACCAAGGGAUUUUUGAUUCCGAGACGGGAAAGCCACCCUCGCUCUCCCGCCUCAUCCCUUCAGAAUGGCUCACAUUAG